AUGGAGGAGUUUUUUGUUGAUGCCGAGCUCAAAACCAUUCAUAUCGUAAUGCCGAUGUCUCCAAGAGGUGAUUUACUCACGUACCUAAUUGAAAGAAAGAGAGUCGCGGACCUUGGGAUUGAGACUGGAAUUACUGAAAAUGAGGUUAGGACUACUGCCCACCAGAUUUGCGAUGCAAUGAGGCAUGUUCACGCUCUCGGUCUGAUACAUUAUGACCUGAAGCCUGAGGAGCAGAACAUUCUUGUAUUUUCCGCAGAGCCGCUUUGGGUAAAAGUGGCAGACUUCGGCCUUGCUGACAGAGUAGCACCCGGAAUGCUUACCCAGAAAAAUUAUACCAUUGGGAGUGCCAGCUACAUGGCACCCGAAAUUGUUCGAUGUCGACCACAUAAUAACAAAGCUGACAGCUGGGGUGUGGGUGUCAUUGUACAUGCGAUGUGA